GUAACCAGUCUAGUAGUUCUGGCGGUUUCUUGCACCAAUGUUAUGCUAUGUUAUCUUUAGCUGGUUGGAGCAACACUCUUGUCUCUCUAUUCAACAAACACCAAACAUUGGAGCAAUGCAAACAGAUUCAAUCCAUCAUCGUCACUUCCGGUCUCUAUUCAACACAACACACUCUUUUCCUCACCAAACUCAUCCAAUGUGUUCCAUUCUCAAAUACCUCUCUCUUACUUCUCUUCAACACCAUUCACUCUUCCAACACUCGCCUCUUCAACAAAAUCAUCGCAGCCUGCUCCCACCCCUUUCUAUGCUACGCAAAAAUGCGACAAAAGGGCGUGCAACCCGACAAACACACCUUCCCUUUGCUCCUCAAGACGCUCUCCAAGACCAUUGGCCACCACCCUUUUAUGCUUUAUGCGCAAAUUUUCAAACUUGGCUUUGAUCUCGAUCUUUUCGUCAGCAACACCCUCAUUCCGGCUUUUGCCAAUUCUGGGUUCAUGGAAAGUGCACGCCAAGUGUUUGAUGAAAGUCCCUUCAAGGGCACUGUUGCUUGGACUGCGUUGAUCAAUGGGUAUGUUAAAAACGAUUCUCCUGCUGAGGCUCUCAAGAGUUUUGUGAAUAUGAGGUCGAUGGGCAUGGUAGUUGAUGCAAUCACUGUUGCUAGUGUUUUACGUGCUGCUGCAUUGGUAGGCGAUGCGAAUUUCGGAAAGUGGGUUCAUGGGUUUUACGUGGAAUCAGGGAAAGUUCGGUUGGAUGGUUAUAUUUGUAGUGCUCUCAUGGAUAUGUAUUUCAAGUGUGGUCUUUGUGAGGAUGCCUGCAAAGUGUUUAAUGAAAUGCCUUACAGAAAUGUGGUUUGUUGGACCGUGCUUGUAGCUGGUUAUGUGCAAAGUAACAAGUUCCAAGAUGCACUUCGUGCCUUCUGGGACAUGUUAUUGGAUGAUGUUGUGCCCAAUGAUUUUACGUUCUCUAGUGUUCUUACUGCCUGUGCUCACAUGGGGGCUUUGGAUCAAGGAAGGUUGGUUCAUGAAUAUAUAGAGUCUAAUAAGAUAAAUCUGAAUGCAGAGCUAGGGACUGCAUUGGUGGAUAUGUAUGCAAAAUGUGGGUGUAUUGACGAUGCUUUAAGGGUAUUUGAAAACUUGCCAGUUAAGAAUGUGUACACUUGGACAGCAAUAAUACAUGGGUUGGCUGUGCAUGGGGAUGCGAUUGGAGCAUUGCAUAUGUUUUCUUGCAUGUUGAAAAGUGGCAUUCAACCUAACGAAGUUACCUUUGUUGGUGUUCUUGCUGCCUGUUCUCAUGGAGGUUUUGUAGAGGAAGGGAAAAGGUUAUUUGAAUUGAUGAGACAUUCUUAUAAUUUGAAGCCAGAGAUGGACCAUUAUGGUUGCAUGGUUGAUAUGCUUGGUCGAGCAGGGUAUUUGGAAGAUGCUAAACAAAUUAUUGAUAAUAUGCCAAUGAAGCCUAGCCCAGGUGUAUUGGGGGCUUUAUUUGGAGCCUGCAUGGUCCACAAAGAUUUUGAAAUGGGUGAACAUAUAGGCAUUUUAUUGGUUAAUCAGAAGCCAAACGAUAGUGGUAGUUAUGCACUUCUGACAAACUUGUACAAAAUGUGUCAAAACUGGGAAGCAGCUGCUCAGGUUAGGAAGGUCAUGAAAGGAUUACAAGUGGAAAAGACUCCGGGAUAUAGUUGGAUAGAAGUGGAUGGUUUUAACUCAUGAAUUUAAGAGCGUGUUUGGAUGGUUGACUGUAGAGGGAAAAGGGAAGGUGUUAGACAUGUUUUCCCAAUAUUUGGAAGAUAUUUAAAAAGAGGGGAAGGGUUUGAGGACUUUCAAUCAACCCUCCCCCAAAAUUUCUCCUCUCUUUCUACCGCGACUCUCUCAUGGUAUCUUGAAGGGUUUCUGAAUUUGCAAAAAUCUGUCACACCAUAGAUUCUUGUCAACGUUUUGCUAAACUCUUGUUCAGCUUUGAAUUGAAGAGAGAAAUUGAGAUGUAGUGGGUGCGACAAGACACAAAUGCAAAGGAAGGAGGAACUCGUGAAGCCUCGAAGCUGAUUCAGGGGAAGGACGAGGACAAAGGAGAUACGUGAGAUACGUGACGGACAGCCAUAAAAAUAUUGGGCAAGUCUUCGACAGCAACUAGUGGAAGGACGAAGUCUUAAUCAUUGUAAAUGAAAUAUGUAAUCAUAUUAUAUAUUAUAUCAUUCAAUGAUUUAUACUCCCUCCAUUUUUAUUCAUAGUCGUUUAAGGUUUUGCACGAGACUUAAGAAAAUGAUUAAUAUUUUAGUUUUCAAAAAUAUUUAUUACUUACUUUCUUAUUCUACUUUCUAUUUUUUUUAUAGUAUUUUGUUAGAAAUAUAUCGCUCUUUUAAAUGUAACAUUAAUUUUAUAUAGGUAGUUGGAGAAAAAAUAGAUAGACAUUAAAAAUAA